AUGUUAACUCGUUUUCCUCGUUUUUCGGUUCUUUCGAGAGCACCCAUAAUCAUCGAUCCUUCAAAAUUAGACAGAGAAGAACAAAAACAUAAGGAAUCCAGAGAAAGACGAAUGGCAGAAAGCAAUGCGAGUUUUGCCGAUCCAUUCAACCUAAAACUGGCGGCUCUUUGGCCAAACAUGAAGAACAAGUCCUACCGUCAGGCCUCACUCACAGAUUCCAUAAUCUACAUCGACAGCGAAGUUUGGAAUUUAAGGCAUAGAUCUACCGAAAUGGUGGAUCAUCCUAACAUGGAGAUGAUCAUUUGUGCAGAUGAUAUUUUACUUAUGGAUCUUUCCAUGAGCAAAUCAAUAUUAUGGAAAAGAACUCUUGGUCAUAUUGAAGAUGGUUUAAAGAUAAAGGCUUGUCUCUAUCUUUUGAAAAAGUACUGUCCUGGAUUGGCAAUCACCAUACAAAAAUAUGUACGUCGGUGGCUCGCUGCGGCCUACGUUGAGGAUUUACGAAGAAAAAGAAAGGAAAAAUUACUUUGGGAAGAGGAAAUUGAAAAGAAAAUUGUUUUCGAACGAGACCAAAAAAUUUGUAAAGACUACGAGCGUAGAAUAAAUCCAAAAACCAAAGAAGACUUUGAUCUUUUAUACAAUCUAUUAGAAAAAUGGAAGGCCGAACAAAUAAAAUUAAUUACCGAUCAAAUCCCCGACAUUGUAGAUAGAAAAGCACAUCUUUAUGAACUGAAUCUUCAACAUGUUUCUCUCAUCCAAUCCAUCGAUCGGAGGCGUGUCGCUGUACUACAAGAACAGAAAGAAUCAAACUUACAAAAACUAUUUAACAAAGCCGAACCCCUAAAAUGGAAGAUCACUUCUGGUGGUGUGUGCCACGUGGACAACGCUUACACAAUUCGAGCGCGGGAACUAAAUAAUAUAUACUCGUCCCUAAAUUUGCAUUAUCUGACCACCGAUGAACGCUUGGACAUUUUGUUGACUCUGAAGAACACUGUCUCAAUAUUUGUUUAUAUUACUUGGGAAUAUAACUCAAAACUUGGACGGGAAAUCUGCAAUUUGGCAGACCGAGAAGCAUCGUUGUUGCUCAGAGAAGUAGAGGUGAGCAAACUAGGAGGGCUCAGACUGCGUCUGUCCAACCUCUUUGCUCGAUUUUUGGAGAAUCCCCUGUUUAAUCCCAGAAUCUCCGAGUUUACCAAAUUAGAGGAACCCGACUUUCGGCAUUUGAUCUACAACAUUUGGCAAUCUCGGAGUUUUUUUAGCAGUCACAAAGACAUAUUUGAUCUGUGCUGUAUUCGCUGGAAUAAGAACAUGGAAUGGUCCCCCUGGAACUGCUUGGUUGUGACCAAACAUGAGGCGGUUUCUCAUUACAGGGUCACAGACAUUGACCAGGUUGUCUCAAAUUGACAAAUUGUAGACUUAUUCCCCAAACAUCAUCAAUACUGUAAGACAGAAACACAUUCUGGGAAUGCAUUAUUUUAAAAAUUUGCCAAAAAUUGGAAAGCGUUUGGACCGUUCUAACGAAAUUGUCAAUGCUGUGUUGACAAUCGGAGGAAUGAGUUUAGGGACUCAGA